AAAAAAAAAUCUACCUUCAGAGAUGUGUUAUCUGUUGAUGUUGUCAUUAUCCUAGUCAUUAAGCUGGGACAUGCAUGAUGUCCGGCUUUAUUGAGUUAGAAUGCAUAGGAAGUCGCAUGGGAAAGAGAAGAUCAAAGCAAUCAUAUCCUCUUGUUAGUAACCCUGAUUCUGUUUCAACAGUGGAAGGAUUUCUGUUUUGUAGUACUGAUAUGGGAGUGAUCUGAUCUGAUAUGGAGAACUUCUUCACAUAAUUGUUUUUUUUUUGGUUCGGUCCCAGAAUGCAGUCUUGUCCCAGAACGCGGGGAGACAAGCUGAUAAGAAACAAGCUGCAGCCUGUUUGCGCGUGACACUGAUUUGCACUUUGAGUUGGGAUCGAUGACAAAGAUCUGUGUAGCACCAUCAUAAGCUGUGGAAGGACGCUUGUAAUGAGACCUUGUCCACUGCACAUUCACAAACAAGGACUGAGCAAAAGUUGCAAAAGUACUUGGAGUUAUAGGUGUAAUUAAGUUCUACCAACUAGAAUUAGAACCAGUCGUGUAAUGGCAGUUAAUAAAAACCAACAAACAAACAAACCUGCAUUUAGAAGAGCAACAAGUCCACCAUGGACAGAAGUGCUUGGAUUGUUUCAUUUGUCUGUUAGUUUGACCACUUUAUACGAUUUACAAUGAAAAUAUUUAUGUUGUAUUUUUUGCAUUUUGUUGCUGAUAAAACGAAAAGUUCUUUUAUUUCAGCUCACUGUUGAUGAACUUAAAUAUAUAUUACACUGAAAACCCUAAUAGUAUUAAAAUCAGCACAUCAUUUGAUCAGAAAAGAAAACCGUUUCAGUUCAUUUGUGCUCCUGUUAUGCCAUAAAAAUCAUUUUUAGUGCUUUUUUUUUUUUUUAGCAAUAUGAGCCUGUGUGUAAGUUGAGAAAUAAAAUAAAAAAUAAAACAAGAUAUUUUUGACAACAUAAACAUGGCAGCAAAAGACUACUAUUGUUUUUGUGUUUCUUCCUCUUUUCUCUCUCUAUCUCUCUCUCUCUGUCUCUUGUUCUGUGUGUGUGCGCAUGUGCGAGUGUGUUUCUGUGCUAUUCCCAGUCCCAAAUGUUAUAAUUUCUGUUGAUUCCAAUCUUGAACAGGUACCAUACGCAUAACCAGACCAUGUGCUACCGGACUGGAGGCCAAUCUAAAAAGCAUAGGUCUAGUUUUUUGGUGCCAAAUGAUUUGUAUUAGUUACAUUGUGCAGUGGUAAAAUGCCCUUUAUUACACUGUUUUUGGGCAUCCUUAAAUUUCCGUAUGUUCAUGGAAAAAUUUGCGAGAUGUGGAGGAUGAUGAUUAUGGUGUACAGGUUACAGGAAAUCGCCACUGUUUACUUUAAACCCCUGUGGGUGUAACACCAGAUUGUAGUGUUAGACCCAGACCCAACUGACCCAAUAAUAUUGAGAAAGCACCACCAAAAUGAACAUUAAGUUGCCGUAAUUAAAACUCAUUCAUUCUUUAGUGCAUCCUCAGUAAACAGUCAGGGUUGUAUUGAAUCCAGAGCCUAACCUGGGAACACUGGCUACGAGGCAGGAAUACACCCUGGACCAUACAUCUUCAUGGUUAUUUGAAGUUGGUUGAUAAUUAGCAAAUGACCCAGUUUCGUAUCACCAAAUCUAGGGCACGUCAUAUCACUGAAAUCAGGAUGUUUGCCCAGUGGGAAGGGUUGUGAUGACCUGAACUAGCUGUAUUGUUCCCAGUUGCUUAAGACUGUUGUCCCAUGGCUGCUGGUAUAGGACUCUUAUCAUUCACGUGGGCACUGUCUAUUUAUUCACAGCAUGGAUCAACUCUCAGGAAGCGUCCUGACACAGGAAGGAGGUGUGUGCGUGCAUGAGGCAGACAGAGCUGGAGACUGAACACACCCAUGCAAUCAUUCCCUCAGAGUUGCCUAGUCAUUAUUGGUCACAGUAAUCAGUAAUUACUCUAGCCUCUGUAUUCUUGUUUGCGCUCAUGCAGAUGACGUUGUCAACACUUUAGCGCAUCGAGCAGACUGUAGCCAGCCACUCCCUCGCCUUGAGCUAUGAGUUUGUAAGUCUCCAGCUGUUUACUCACAAGACCAGAAGUCUGUCUAAUCGUAGUACCUUUGGUGCUGGAGGGAGCAAUAUGAACUAGCGAGCGCUGUAACGGUUGGUGAUGGGUGCAGCAAGCAUCAAGUGGUGUGACUCCUGCCAGAUUUUAUUUGUCCACACAGACUCCAUCUGUUGCUCUUUCCGCUGCAUUAACCAUGCAUGACUAAAGAAAAAUACCUGGGUGGAGAGAGGGACAUACAUGCUGAGAGUGUGACAAGAAAGAGGGUCAGCUCAGGAUCUUGGAAAAUCUGUUGGAUGUCGGUGUGUCUGAAUUCUGGACGUUAGGACAAAAAAAUCAGGCAGAACACGCUGGGACUCGUACAUACUACUUCAGCACUGACAGCUCAGAGGAUAGGGAGGAGUGGGUUCAAGCCAUGAGUGAGGCAGCCAAGGUCCACAUUUCACCCCCUAUUAGAAAAACCUCAGAGUCCGUCCUUACAGACGAGCAGAACCACGUUCCAGUGACGCAAGCACCAGAGACCAACUCUUGUCCAGAAGAUGAGGACUCCAGGACUGAGCAACAUCAGCCUCAGAAACAAGGAGUAAAUGGGGUAGAAAGAAAAGCAAUACCGGCUCCCACCACACCAGUGUCCACCGAUAUGGACAGCCGGUUUGGGGAAAGGGGAUGCCCACCUCCUCACCAUCCAAACGGAUGGGGCAACUAUGGCUCAGGCUUCCCUUCCCAGGAGAACAUAAGAGAGGUGCGUGAAGUGCAGUCCGAUCCACAAGGCAACACGGUGUUGCGCAGGGGCUUUGUGCCCAGGACGGGACCUGAGAGGAUGGCACAGAGGAAGAGCUCCAUGACACAGCUACAGCAGUGGGUGAACCAGCGGCGCGGCCCGCCUCAAGAGGACCUGCGGAGUCCAUCACGGUAUUACACGAUGACCCGAGGCAUUUCAGCAGACUACUACGGCACGUAUGGUGCCCCUCCGUACCCUGAAGAGUACCCACUGUACCCUCCAGGAAUUCGGCCUGACAGCAUCUGCUCCAUGUCAGCUGCCUAUGACAGGAUGCCGCCCCGCUGGACUGCAGAAGAAAAGCGGCGUUCGCUGAGGGACACUGCUCUCUAUGUGCCUCCCCGUGAGCCCCAGUGGAUGAUGGGUCCUCCUGGACCACAUCCUGCCUAUUACACCCAGCUAGAGUCAACACAGGGGACCAUGAGGCGUCUCUCGCUGCAGCCACGCUCACGUUCUGUGCCACGCUCGCCCUCUUCGUCAUCGGGAGGUGCCUACUCACCCGGACCCCCAAACUUCAUCUCGCCAGCACGCUCGCCUAGUGUGCGGUUUGACAGAGUGCCCGGUCGGCUCCGGGAUGAUGGAAUCUAUGUUGAUCCAUCAGUCUAUGGCAUGCGAAGAUCUCUCAGUUCCCCCAAGUAUGAUUUUGCUGGGGAUCGAAGGUCUCUUACACAAAAUGUUUACCAUUACAAUUAUCCAGUCUCUCCCUCAGUACACGGCAAAAUGGAUGACAUUUUAGACCUGCAGCUUCAGAGGAACUUGGAUUACCUCGAUCAGCAGGUGCCUCCAGCGCAUGACAUUUACAGGGACCUGCAUCCCACUCUGAAGCUCAAUGAAAUUGAGACCAGUAAACUGCUGAAUCGCUUGUUUGAGCAGAACAGGCUUCUGAAGGAACAGGAAGCUGUAGUAAAUCGGCUGCGAAUGGACAAGGAUAACUUGGAGGCCACGCUGGUGGCCACACAUCAGGACAUGGAGUUGUGCAGGACUCAGCCACUGGCCAUGGAGAAACUGCAGCUGAAGAAGGAGAGCUUACAGAAUCAGCUCAUCAAUGUCCGGGGCGAGCUCUCUCAGGCUUCCAAUGCUCUGACCACCUCUAAAAUGGAGUUUGAUGCUCUGGAGGAUGAGGUAAAUGCUAUUCAUGGUGACCUGUGGGAGCAGCUGAAUUCUGGAGGACAGAGUGAGCUGGUCCACCGACACCUGCAGAAAGAGUUCUGGAGGGUUCAGGAUGUGCUCGAGGGGCUGCACAAGAACAAUCCCUCUCGAGGCACAGACACAGCUAAGCACAGAGCAGUCAGUGCAGCAUCAGGUUCCUUCAGCACAAACAGUCCAGCGAGCCCACUGAGCUCCGUGAGUCUAACCAGCCCACUCAGCCCUUUCUCACCUGUACCCGGCUCCCAGAAUUCACCCACAAAACAGCUGGCAACAGAGGAGAUUGGUCCUCCACGGCCCCCACUCCCUAAGUCUUACCAACCCCUGGACCCCACCAUGAUCAUGCCCCCUGUCCCCCCCCUCCCUUUCAACAGCAAUGUCUGGCCACGCAGCAUGGACAGCUAUAAGGAAGACAAAGACUCGCACAGCCAAAAGCACAACUACAGUUCAUUAGAGGAAAAGACCAACGAUUACGACUUGGAGCAAGACAGACAAGGCAAUAAAGUUGGUAUUGUCCCACCCAGGACCAAAUCUCCCACAGAUGACACGGACGGUGCCCCUAAGAGGAAUGGGAGGAUGCCUAAUGGUCACAUCUCCAGGGAGAGGCCAAAGAGCGCUGUGUUCCCAGCAGAAGUAAAGUCUAAGAUGAGUGUAGAGGAGCAGAAUGAGAGGAUACGUCGGAACCAGAGUAGUUCAGUCAAAGACAAGAGACGCAGCCUUAAUCUGUCCAACAACCAGAACUUGGAUGGCCUCAAACCUUCUGUCAACUACAGAGUGGUGAGGAGAAGACUGACUGCCCAUGAGGUGGACAUAAAGGGCCUGGAGGCGGCCGUACGAGGGAUAGGCACGGAGUCUCCAAGGGAAGAAAUUGCCCGACUACGGAGACAGGUGGAGCCUGAGAAUUAUGAUCUGGAUAUCGGCAAAGAGCUGUCUGCCCCAGACAAAGUGUUAAUUCCAGAGCGGUAUCUUGACAUAGAGCCCAGCACGCCGCUCAGCCCAGAGGAGGAGCGAGAGAAACAGAAGAAGGUGGAACGGAUAAAGACGCUUAUUGCCAAAUCAAACCUGCAGAAUGUUGUCCCGGUGUUGGAUGGCCCUUCAGAAGCCCAGGCUAACCCUGAGCAGAAAUUGCAGGAACAGGAGAAACGCAUUGAGAUCUCUUGCACUUUGGCUGCCGAGGCCUCCCGCCGCUCCCGCCUGCUCUCUGCCCAGAUAAACCCGAGUCCCCCUGCCUCCCCGACCAACCUGGCCCCUCCCCCUUCCUCUGGCUUCUCUGACUCCUCCCACAUCAUGAAGGUGUGAGUGUGUGAAGCUCAAGCGCUGGCUGCUGUCAAGUUCGAUGGUGAACCUUUCUGAGAACGGCAAACAAAAGACGCGUGAAAAAUCACUUAUAUUGUCCCAUCUCCCCCAAACUGUGUAUUUAUCUCAGUUACUGACACAAUAGGAGGAGGAAAUACUACAAAACGUUUGGAAGUUGGAGAUUCGAGGGUGUAAUUUCAGAGCUGCGGUACAGAGGUCCUUACAAGGAUGCAGUAACAUCUUCAGAGUGGGCUUCUCUAGUGCUCAGUCAUAUGCUUCUCUCUCUCUCUCUCUCUCUCUCUUUUAAGCCCUUCCAUGUAGGACCUAAUGGCCGAACUGUCUGAUGGAAACAACAAAUGUUGUAACAUAAUGAAAGCUGCAAACUAGCCAGAAAGUGAGAUUUGUUUACAUAAAGCUAUCUACUCUGUAAUGACUGCGGUGAGGGUUAUACUAAUCCUGAACAAACUGGCCAGACACAAAUGAAGACACAAGUAUGUCAGGAACAGAGUGACGUCCGAGGAACAGAGAUGAAUAACAAGAUACAGUGUUACAGUAGAAAAAGUGAUGGUCCGAGAGGGACAGAAGACAGAUACAGCGUCACAGCAAGUGGACCAAGAUGCCCAGGAAUACAGACAGGAAGUAGCAGGACCCAGAGCAACGACAAGAGGGAGUUGACCAAAUUAGCACAUCGGUACUUGACCACAGAGAGACUGCGGACUAACUUUAUAAAAGUUUAGCGUCUAGAUCCGCAUUUCAGGCUGCGAGCACUUGCCACAACAGACUCAUCCAGUGACCAUAGACUGAUGUCACAUUGUGUCUACAGUGAAAAGGGACCCCAAGCAGAAGACAGAUAAAAUACAGUCAAAAGAGAGCAUCUCGGUGUGAAGCACUUGCAUGGGCAAUUCUUUCCUCAUUCCCUUCAUUCCCACUUUUCGAAGGAGAUCAAGACUCACUGUGACUGCAUAAAUCCUCUUUUUCUUUACUUUAUGCUAAAUAAUAGGGCUUGAUGGGAACGCUGGAUCCCAGUCACCAACAGUCCGGUAUCUUAGAGUUCUGUUUGCACCACAGGUUCCUUAUGUAUCGAUAAACACAGCAUAUACAGUAUGUCUAUAUACAGUGAAUAUAUAUAUAUAUAUAUAUAUAUAUUAUAUUAAUUUAAUUUGUAAUCAAAGCCAUGUGGAUCUUUAUAAUGCUUCAUUUCUAGUAUUUUAGUUACCAAACGUGGUACCUAAAAUGUCUGUGUGUGGGUAAAAUGAUUAUAAUUAAUUACAAUUAGUAGGCUAUAGAGUUACUGUUGAAAAGUGCCCUUAGAACUGUAAGUCUGCUAGUUAAACAGUGUGUGUUGUAGGGGGGAGGGGCAACAGCUUGCAUCUCAACGUGUAAAACGUGUGAAAUUACAGCCCAUAAAGCCCCUGUGAAUAUGGAGCCCCGUAGUGUAACACUGUGCCAUUGGGUAUUUCGUUUGUCUUUACGUGCUUAGGCAAACAUAUCCGUUGUGUAAAUAUGGAUCCUGUUUGAUGGCGAAUUAAAGAGUAUUUUUGUAUCAAUGACGAGGAGAAAAAAAGCAGCUAGAUUAUAGUGCAUCGCAAAGUGAUGAAUGAUUUGCCAAACUGUUUUGUGUUUUGGUACUUAAGCAUAAGACAUCAUAAGAAACAAUGAAACCAGACACAAUGUAGUCAUUAGGUCAUCAGCUGUUUGUUUUUUUUCUUUGUUUUUUUUUUUUUUUUUAUAAAGUAAGAUAAGUCACGGCUAGUGUUAAAUACAAAAUUUGCAUUUUGAGUGCACAUGAUUUCAUGGAGAUUUUCUCUUUCUCUUACUCCUUUGAGCUCAUUAGCACAUGCAGCACAUAACGGCAUCACCUGAUAGCAGGAACAGAGAUAAACAUGAUUAAUGACCCAGAAUUGGAUCAUCAGUUUCACAAAGGAAAAAAAAUGUCCAAAAAGCAGAUGAUCUAUUUUUAUUAUUUUAAAGAAAGGGACAAAUAAUGUCAUCCAAAUGCAGUACGUAUUUUUCUAAGCACAUGGAUAUUUAAUGAAUUAGAUGAAGUCUGCUCAGCUACAUUUCUAACAGAGAAUUAAGAGUGCUUUGCAUUUUUCAUGGCAGGUUCAAGGCUGGCAUAUCUUUAUUUUGUUACUCUAAAGCAUUGCUUUGGACGCCUUAGUUAAAGAUAAUUUUUAAGAACUUUAUUUUUUAUGUAACAGGAUGAAACGUGUCGGGAAUCACAAAAACAGCCAGAGCAGAGGUAUCUAAUAUUUGAAUUCAAAAUGUAGCAAAUAAGGCUGAAAAGGACUAAACAUUGGUAUCUGUACAUAUUUUCAAACCAAAUAUAAUCUGCCUAACAGUUACUGUUGCUACUUUGAGUAAAAUACAGAAAAAAAAUGCUUGAACUAUGCAAAUCCAUACAGUCAAUAUGCUUGCUUUAGAAAUGCCCUCAUGCAAUAAAGUGAAUGUAUUUAAAACUGA